ACCUUGCUUCUUUCAUAAGUUGUACAUAUAUAUACCAAAAAUCGAAGGACGUGACUGGAAACAGAGAUACUUGUUGGUAGAUGUUGUUUUUGUUGAUAAUCUGUACUAUAAAUUGGUUAAUGUUAUUGACCGGUAAUCACAUACAGCGCGCACCAGCAUUCUAGUGAAAGUCUUAAAUAAUUUUAAUUUUGAAUUCGUAAUAUUAAAAAUGGCAGUGUCUAUUCUUAAACAUUGUGGUAAAUAUGGUGUUGAAGUUAUGAAGAAAAAUAUACUCAGUGAAUGUAGUCUUUACAUCUUAACAAUGAAAACGACUUCGAAUCAAAGACAUCCAUUAUUAAUACCGCCAAGCUUUAACGUUCACCAGGUAAUGAGAAACUAUAGUAAACAUGUUAAACAUUCCCAUGCAGAGAGACGAUAUGACUCUGAUUCUGAAUCAGAUAGUGAUUUAGAAUGGAUUGGUCAUCGAGGUGAAUCUGAUUUUUGGAGAAGGAAAAUUAGAACAUUUCAUGGAAUCAUCGACUUAAAUAAGGACGGCGUAAUUUCAUUUGAUGAUUUUAAACUUCUUAGCGACAGGUUUAUUAAUCUAGGUCAUUUACAAUCCGACCAAGUCCAAAAAUUCCAAGAAGUUUUAAGGAGCUUAUGGGAAAAACAGUUUGGAGAAAUUUCCCCCUACAAUUUGGUAUCAGUUGAGAGAUAUUUAGAAAAUAUGCAUCACGUUUUAAAUGAUAAAAGGCUUGUCAGGAAAGCACAUUCAUUUUUACCAUAUUUAUUCAAAGCUGUGGAUAAAGACAGAUCCGGAGAAAUAACAGUAGAAGAAUUUAAACUAUUCUUCAAGGUUUUAGGCUUAAAAGAGCACGAUGCAGUAUUGGCUUUUAGAGCGAUAGAUUCAAAUGUUGAUGGGAAAAUUUCACAUAAAGAAUUCGUCAAACACGGUAGAGAUUUCUUUUUAACUGAAGAUCCAGACAGAAUAAGUAAAUAUUUUUGGGGUCCACUCGUAGAACAUUAAACAUUGUAUGUUUUCACAGUUUCAUGAAUUAUUCAGUUCAUCCAUUUUGAUUUGAAACUUUUUAAUUACCGUUUCGUGAUACUUCACAUUCCCGCUAUUCCGUAUUUGUUGUAUUCUAAAUAAUUUACAUUUAUAUAUUUAUAUAAAUAUCUAAGUCUUUAAUAUCUUGCCCUCUUUCUAUAUAUUUUCUUGAAUAAAUGAUCCUUCAACCAUGUUUCGACUCAAUUUCGGUCCUUAUUAACAUAUUUUGAUGAUCAAUUUCUUUAAAAAAUAGAUUAUUUAUUAAAGAAGACUUGAAAAUAAUAUCAUUUAGUUAAGGGCAUAUUUAGCUCUUAAAUUAUCCAAGGUGUAUUACCUAUUUUAAUCAUACAAAGGGCAACUUCAGAAAUCAAAUUGUAUCCAAUCCUCUGUGUAGUCAUACAAUACAAAUUAAGUGAUGAGAGCAAUGUCCUUAGGAAGUUACAUAGUGAAACGGCUCUUCAAAUUCUCAUAGAAAUGCUGAAAAUCUGAUCAAAUAUUUUAGCUGGUCAUCGAGGGAAUGAGUGAGUGACAAGACCAGCGAAUAAAGAAGCUGUGGAGAUUUAUUUAUUCAAUGGAACCAAUUACAAUAUCCAGUUUUACUUCAUUUGCUGACCCCUCGAUUAUUCUGUGAGAUACUAGAUUCUAUCAACAUUUUCGACACUUUUUGACUAUGAAGGACUUACUUUUUGUGGUUCAUCUUUAACCGACUCUCCUAUUUCUGAAAAUGACAUUUCGUUCACCUCUUUAAACCUGGGUAGUCCUUCUACUUUCAGAAAAAUUUCAAAAGUUUCACUUACGUGUAUCAAAGUCCGAUGCAUAUUGUCGUAUGAAAUUUAUGUUACUCAUUCUCUAAACAACAAACUUCAUUGCAUGUUCAUCUGCUUUUCCUUAAAGACCCAACAGAGAUUCGGUAAAUCCAAAGAGACAAAUUUUUAUGUGGGAAGGUUACAACAGGAUACACUGAAAUAUUUUUAUGUACCCUGUAAUAAAAUGUGUCAUCUAGGCGUAAAAAAUUAUAAUAAAUUCCAUUAUGAAAUUUUGGAAAUCGAUAAAAAUACCUGGAUGAGCCUAUUUUCCAUAUUUUUUGUAUAUCUCGAAUGAACCUUAAGUUAAACAUUGUCAAUUAUACUGAAACUAUUAUGUUCUUCACUUUGGUGUCUUCUUUUAAUAUUUUUAUCGGACAAUGAGCUUUUUGAGAUUCAGAAUUAAUUAUUAAAGGAAAAUAGAAUUGGAAAAUAAUUAUCAUUUGUUUAGAUUUAACACAAUUAGAGAAUAGUGAGAUAAGAAAAUAUUUAUGUUGCUCUUUGUAGUGAAUUUACAAUUUUCUUUCAGUUUACUCUGUUGUACUUUAAGUAAAAUAGUAUCGAGAUUCUCUGUGGCGGUCUCACGUUUCAAGUAUUGCUACGUUGCCAGACUGACUACAUAAUUUACACAUCUCGUACAAACUUAUUCUUACCUUAAACAUUAAGUUGCUAAAAUAAGUUUUUUAUUUGUUUUUAACAAGAUUUAUUUGUAAUUAUUUCAUACAUAUAUAUAAAUUAAGAUUUAUUUCGUUAAAAUUGUACAACAACUCGUAUAGUAAAAUUUUUUAUAAUGUAUGUGGUUUUUUAUGGACCCCUAAAUAGUUACGCAUUAUUAUGUAAAGCUUUUUUAUUAUAAUUUUCAUAAUAAUUUCACAUUAUAUAUUUAAUGUGAUUGACAAAGAGAUUGAAUGAAAAUGUAAUGACAUGCUGAAUAUAGGGAAACUUUAAGUGAAUUUUUAAUACGUGUUAUGAACGAAUUAAUUACUUGAUAUCACAUUAAUUACAUCAAAAUUUCUUUUUAUUUUCCCGUGAACGAAAAGAAAGACAACGUUACGUCCUCUCUUAGCUAUUUUUAACAAAUUGUUAAGUAAUUCUGCAUUUUUAUUUAUUAAUUUCUACAAUGGAACAUAAUUUGUAAUUUUUUUUAUAAAUAAAAAUAUAAUUAUGAAUAGUA